AUGAGGGAGCAUUUGGCGCACCUAAUUUCAAACUUCGACGUGUACGACAUGGCUGUCCAACUGACGGCGCGUGUCGCUGAAGGCACUGGCGGCAGCUGCAGCGGCGCGGCCAGGUGGCCGCCACCCCCUGGGCCUUCUGACUCCCUCUUCCAGGUCCUGAUUCCAAAUGAGUGGCCAUCGGUCACCACUGUUGCCAGCUCCGCCAGCUCUACCUCCUCGGCCUCGGUCUCCGUGUCCAGCAGCGUCCGUACAGCUACCGGGGUGGGAGCCGACGCAGCCGAGCUGUGGGCUUCGUCGCUUCCCUCGCGGGUGAUGGCGCUGUUCAUCGCGACCAUGCAGCUGGUGGAGCUGGCCAAGGAGGAUUACUUGGGUGUUGACAGCGAUAUGGAGGAGGCAAAGGAGCAGGGGGAGGGGAAGGAGGGGCGACAGCGGUUGGCGGCUCUUACGGGGCGGCGGUUGUUGGACCAGGCGGUUGUACUGCUGGACGCGCUGGUCAGGUAUUGCGGUGGCCCCUCCCUGCUGUACUCGGAGCUCGAACUGCUGGCCUACCUCGUGUACGGGACGAAGGCUGUCCUCACCUCCGUCGCAAUGCUGUGCCGUGUAGCGCGCCGUAUAGCGGUGAUGGCGUCUCCGCCGUACCUGCGACGCAUCUUGCACAUGGGUACGAUGAUUUCGUUUAUUAAGUUCAUUGAAGACGCGCCGGUGUCCGGGGACGUGGCGUCAGCGGCGAUGGAGGCGGUGGGGCGGGCGCUAGGCAAGGCUAGCGUGCGUUUGCGUCCGUUUGACAGUCGGCGGCGAGUGCUGGAUGCCAUACGCACGGAAGCGGCGGAGGCACUGGAGCAGCGGAGGCAGCGUACGGCAGCGAGUGCACCCCCGGGACGGGAACACGACAGCGCGGGGGCCGCUCUGCAGAGCCUGCUGUCCAGUGUGCUGGGUACGCUACCUGAGACGGUUCAGUCGGUGUGGGACGCGGAGGGGCGGAGGCGAGCGGCAAGAGCAGGAGGGCGCGACGGUGAGGCGGCCGCCGGCGAUGAUGAGGAUGGGGACGACGUGUUGAAGCUACACGGCGCUGCGAGGGACGAGCAACUGCCCGUACGACGGCGCAUGGCCAGGUUGCUCCUGGAUUUGGCUCAAGGGACCCUAGGUGGGUUCAGGAUGUUGGUGUCCGGUCGUAACGCCAUGUCGUACACGGCUGUCGUCGCUGCCUGCGACGGCGGCGAGGGCGCCGCUGAGGCUGGGGCUGAGGUUGCUGCCGCGUUGGCUGACGCGCAGUCCGUGUUCGAGGACAGCAGUGCUGGCGGUCGGGCACUGGGCCCCGUGACGAUUCAGACGAUCGAAUCUAGAAAGCUAACCGAUAUCGUGGCCGCAUCUGGCCAGGUACGGCACUCCAACGCGGUUCUUUGGGCCCUAUGCUUUGAUUUGGCGCCAGCGAUGCUGGAGUCAGCAAUUGCGGUCAACGGCAAUGAGUUCACGGAUAGUGGUAAUGGUGGUGGUGGUGGUGGUGGUGAUGGUGCCGCGAGGUGGCCUGAAGGCCGGGACUUCAUUGUCGUACCCAUCGUACGUCCCGUACUGGCCGGAGGGCCGCUAGAUGACCCGCUUGCUGCCUACGAGUUUCGUGUGCACACCGCCGUGGCGCGUAGAGAGGAGUCCCGGAGCGCUGUCCCCUCCACGACACCGACAGCAUCACGAAGUGGAGGUGCAGGUGGAGGUACGAUGGGUGGCAGCGGGUCGGAGGCGGGAAAGGAUACGUACGAUGACGAUGAUGACGGGGGCCGCGGCGGCGGCGGGGGCGGCGGCGUGGGGCCAGGUACCCCCCAGCUCGCUGGGGGAAGCUGCGGGCUGUCAGGGCGGGGCGGGAGGGGGAGGGGGAGGCGGCAGGACCCCAUUCCCGACGUGGUCAAGCCCUUUGACGAUGGCGAUGAUUCUUGUGGAUCAAGAACCGCGGCCACUUCCACCUCCUCCUCCUCCUCGUUCUCCCAUCGCGAGCGGGUCAAGGGCCCACAGGGGGUUCGUUCGGAAAGCAGCAAAAGCGCCAGCAGCGGCGCCAACGGCGAUAGCGGCAGCUACAGCAGCAGCAGAAGCUCCGCCACGACUUGGUCCUACCCGACAUCCGCGGCGCCAACAGAAACCGAAACCACAAGCGCAACCGCCACAACCACUUUCCGGCUCCGUACUCACUGGCGGCAGCGCCGGGCGCACGCGGUCAACUGGGCCUUGUGCUGCUGGCUGGGCCUUACUGACCCCAAGCAGAAUGAGCUGGACCAGGAGCUGGCGGUCCACUGCGGCCUUUCUGGCAGCCAGGCUGGCGCCUCCGCGGAGAGCCGCGCCUGCAGGAAGUUGUUGGAGGGGGCGCUGGCCGGGGUUACACUGGACGAACGGAUACUGGUUCCGGAGCGGCUGAUUUUGUUGGUUCUUGAGUGCCAGUGCGGGCACCCCGAGCGGGUGCUGGUGUUGCCGAAUGCGCUGCCGGGGGCGUGCGAGAGGUGUGGGGGUGUGAGUGUCACUGGUCUGCUGCUACGGCUGCUGCAACUGCUGUGGCUGCAGUGGCGGCUGUGCGUUACCUGCGGGGCGUGUGGGUUUGCGAUGCUGUGCGGCCGUCGACAUCGGGAGGGCCCGGACCAGCUUCGCAAGGGCGGCCGGGAGCGCUUGCGGCAAGCAAGAUGCUAUGCGCCGCAUCGUCGGGCUGCGGCCACGUCGGCCGCAACAUCUGCAUUUCGUAAACGGGACAAAUUGAUCAUGGAAAUUGAAGAAUGGAGAAAAUUUGCAUGCCUGGAAAGGUUAUACAGCCGAACUAAGUACCAAUUAUACCUUGAAUCCCAGCAGCUGGCGGCGGACCUGUCGGGACGCAGGCGUCCAAAUGGUGCCACCCAUGCGGAGCCUGGCUGUGCUGAGAACGCGAGGUCAAAAGAGGACGAUGUUUUGGCUGCCACGGCGCAGUCGAGGCACUUAGUUGAGCUGGGGCGGCGCCUGCACAGCACUGCGUUGGGUUUGGACGUGUACGGCAUGGCAACGCAGCUGCUGGCACUUACCACUGCUGCCGCAAAGGGCCCCGCCCCGCCUACCACCUUUGAUUCUAUAUUUGCGUUCUACCAGCCGGAGGCGGUUCUCUCCUCCGUGAGCACCACGAACACCGCCAGCGCCUCCGCCGCCAGCUCUACCUCCUCGGCCUCGGUCUCCGUGUCCAGCAGCGUCCGUACAGCUACCGGGGUGGGAGCCGACGCAGCCGAGCUGUGGGCUUCGUCGCUUCCCUCGCGGGUGAUGGCGCUGUUCAUCGCGAUCAUGCAGCUGGUGGAGCUAGCCAAGGAGGAUUACUUGGGUGUUGACAGCGACAUGGAGGAGGCAAAGGAGCAGGGGGAGGGGAAGGAGGGGCGACAGCGGUUGGCGGCUCUUACGGGGCGGCAGUUGUUGGACCAGGCGGUUGUACUGCUGGACGCGCUGGUCAGGUAUUGCGGUGGCCCCUCCCUGCUGUACUCGGAGCUCGAACCGCUGGCCUACCUCGUGUACGGGACGAAGGAAAGCUUCGCAAAUGACAACGUGUUUCUGGAAGCCGUCGGCGUGCACCAGAACUGUGGCGGCGCCGCCGGUUGUACGACAUCCUCAUCCACCGCCGCCGCCACCCCUCCCCAGAAAGCCGUCCUCACCUCCGUUGCCGUGCUGUGCCAUGUGGCGCGCCGUAUCGCGAUGACGUCACCUCCGCUGUCCUUGCCGCGGGCCACUCAGAUCGGUUCCUGGCGGAUUCCCGUCACGCGGGCUGUUGAGGUACCGCUGCCGGACUACCUGGUGCGCAGGGUGACGGCAGAUCUGGGCCGCGUGAUAGGACAUGCUCUCGCGCACUUGCAUACCGCCGACGCCCGGCAACAGGUGCUGGAUGUCGUACGACGGGAAGCGGCGGAGAUGCUGAACCGGCGGCGGCAGGCCUUGAAUGCGCGGCCUGCGGGGACGACGGUCGGCGACGGCGGCGGCCUCUCAGAGGCCACCCAGCGCUGGCGGCUGCUGAAGCAGCAGCAGCAACCGCAGGAUAGAGGCGACGACGAGGGAGGCGGCGGCCGUGGCGGCGCAUUGGGCGCUGCAGCGGGCAGCAACGUAGUCCGCGUGCAGCGGCUCGUGCGGGAAAUUGAUGAGAUUGAGGCGGCUAUGUCCGUUGCCGUGCUGCUGCAUAAAAUGCUGGGUACGCUACCUAAGACGGUUCAGUCGGUGUGGGACGCGGAGGGGCGGAGGCGAGCGGCAACAGCAGGAGGGCGCGACGGUGAGGCGGCUGGCGGCGAUGAUGAGGAUGGGGACGACGUGUUAAAGCUACACGGCGCUGCGAGGGACGAGCAACUGCCCGUACGACGGCGCAUGGCCAGGUUGCUCCUGGAUUUGGCUCAAGGGCGGCGCAAGACGGUGGUGGCGGACGGUCCUGGCGCAUUGUCGUGGAUUCUCUCAGCCGCCGCCGUAUUGGGCCGGUUUAACUGGGUGACGAGCAGGACUAUAGCAGGUUGCGGCACCUCUGGGGGCGCUGGCGGCACUGCCGCCGCCGCCGCCGCCACUGGACCUGACGGCGCCGGAGACCCGGAGCCGCGGGCUGCCAUAGCGGCGGCAACGGCGGCGCCGCUGUCGUCGCUGGACUUCGGUAGGUCUGUAGGUGACUUCACCACUGCGGGCCUGGGGCCGGUGAUGCUGGUGGAUCUGAAGGUUUCGGAGCUGCGGCGGCGGCCCCAGCUGGGUCUGAGGCAGGGCAGCGUGGACCUUUGGGUGCCCUGCACUGAUGUACGGCAGCUGGGGACCCAGUGCACGGUUUGGUUCCAGGGGGAUGAAUUGGAAAACCGUGCUUCUUCUCGCCGCUUUGCGAGGGAGCUGCAGUGGAAGCUGGACGAGUGGCACGGCGCGGUGCUGAGUCCUUUACAGGGAGCAGGAGGGGGAGGGGGAGGACUGGAUGCGCUGCUGGCCGUCCUGGCCCAGGUGUGCUGCCUUCAUUUCCCCUUCACCGCUGGACCUGAAUCCGUGCUCACAGCUGGAGCCGUAGGCCGUGUUCGCACGCAGUUCUUGGAUCGAGGCCGGGACUUCGUUGUCGUACCUGUCGUAGAACCGCUUCCGGCCGAGCAAUCCUGCAUGGACUUGCUUGGGCCCCUGGAGGUUCGCUUGCGGGGGGCCAUGCUUCGUCCUUACUGGCGGCAGCGGCGGGCGCUGGUCCUCAACUGGGCCUUAUGCUGCUGUACGGGACUUAUUGGGUCGGAUAAUCUGGUGACCUCCCGGCAGCGUCGGGAGCUGGAUGGGCUGAUGAGGCGGGAGAGGACUGGCGAGGUGGCGGAUGACGGCGAGGUGGCCGGUAACCCGGAGAGGGUAGCCAGGGAGCGCAGGCGGGCGUUGCUUGUGGAGCACUGUUUGGGGCCGGUGUUGGAUGUACGGCACCUGGUUUCCGACCGUCUAAUAAUUGUCGUACUGGAGUGUCGUCCGGGUAAUGAGACGUCAGGGUAG